UGUAAAUUUAGGCGCAGCUCAGGGUUGGUUACGUCAGUUGAAGUCUCACUUGAGUGUCGUCCAUGGCAUUUACGCCUCCAUUGUGCUAUGUCACUUCCAUUGGCGGAUCUAGUUGGGGGGGAGAUCGCGCCCCCUCCCCUUAUUUUGGGUUAAAAAAGAGGAAAUCGCAGAAGGAAGAAAAGACGACAGGGCAUGCAAAACAAAACCGGGGCCCCCCUUAGCUCAAGGUCUGGAUCCGCCGCUGACUUCUACCUCAUUUUUCGCAAAUGCCGCUAUUGACGUUCAGCCCACCUAUUAACCAAGAAAUGCUGAAAAGAUUAGUCGUGAAUAAAUAGGUUUACUAGUUUCGUUAUUUUUGGGAAACGUUAUCAUGAUAACUAUUCACCAUGCAUAGGGUAGACCCUCUCUAGUCUUUGUCAAAUAUACAUGUAUAUACACAACAAUUAAAGUGGAAGUCUUGAAUCCUGCCAGGUAUGUCGUAAUGUAGUUGCCAUGUGACAUGAAUGAUUUGUUUAAGAUAGUUUUGAGCUUGCUUGUUCCGGUAAACGUGCGUUGCAGCCAUUUGACGUAAGGGUUCCUCUUUCAGGCUGGAGGUUUGAUAAGAGGGUAGGGACUCUGAGCUGAAUUAGUAGGAGAAAUUGGUAGGGGAAACUUAAAAAAUAUUUCGAACAGACGCACCUAACAGCUGAAGCUGACUCAAUUCAAAUUUAAACGUAUAGAAAAGGGAUACAAUUUGCCUACUGUGGAUAUGUCGAAAAGGGUACCUUUUUGUAAGGAAGGUAUGACAUAAAAAAGCUAUAGGGCUUAGAUCUCGGGUUAUUGUUAGCCUGUUUAUAGGCGUUUGAUUCAGCUACCACUUGCCGCAAUUCUCUGCGCUGUAGCUUCUCGAACUAGGAAAGGCUACUGGUUGUGCUUCUCAGCAUCUUGAACACGUGCAGUUCUUUUUCUCUUUGAAACGACCAAACAGAAAAGAGAAGAGUAUAGAUAUAGGUAAGCUUAUUUCGAGUGGCUUAUUCCCGACUAUCUGCUUGUGUUGGAAGAACAGGAGAUCAGAUGGCCAGCGCAGUUUUGACAACAAGGUUACCUGUCAUGUCGGUGGUUCAUCUUCAGUUAUUUCUCCCGUCGGUUUCACUUGCGACGCAAGCAUAAGCAUAAACGUAAGUGUAAGACACUUAUGCGCUAGUGAGGACGGCCGCGACAUAAGCAUAAACUUUCUUCUUAUGCUUAUGCUUAUGUUCAGUGAGGACAUCGUUGACUUAAGCAUAAAGUGCUCGCUGAUUGGCUGAUAGUCUUACGCUUAUGCACAUGUUCAUGCUUAUACCAACCGCUUAUGCCAGCAUGUCCUCACUGGACACAAUAACGACAUAAGCAUAAGCAUAAGAAGAACGCAAGGUUUUGAUAUUCUUAGGCUUAGAGUUAUGCUUAUGUCGUGGCCGUCCUCACUGACAUAAGCACAUGCGUAAGCAGAACGGUAGUGAGCACGCCCAGAACACGAACAUAACCACGAAGGCAUGCGUAGAAUGGAUAAUUGCCUUGUUCUGCUUGUUCUUGUGCUUAUGCUUGUGUUGUGCGCGUCCUCAGUACCGUAUGCUUGAGCUUAGCAUAUGCUAUGGGCGUUCUCACUACCGUUAUGCUUAAGCUUGUGCUUAUUUUGAAUGUCGUACAGCGGUAUUCUCGUGAUGCGUGAUUAGCUGAUUUUAUUUUCCGUGAAACGUGGAUUCAGGAAAUUAUUCUUCAUGAUCCGUGACCAAAAGGUUUUGCGUGACCCGUGAAGAACUUGAAUUAUUCACCGAUAUUCGUCAUUUCACCACUCAACUCUACGUGAUUUUGAGACGCGGGUCCUCCGAAUGUCUGUCGAGAGUGACUUAGACAUGCGAUUUACAAUAUGGAGCCUUGACUUAGCCUUUCAUUAUUUUUCCUUCUUCAAACACUUUUUCUAGUGUAAGAACAGGUUACUAAAAAGAGUAGCCUACUUUCUUAUUUUUGCGAUUCUGGAAAACGAAAUUUUUACAUCCAUGAUCCGUGAUCCUCAAUUUUUUCCGUUCGUAAACCGUGCCAUAGACCCCCCCUGUACGACUCUCUAUGUUGUAGUGAAAACCAGGCCUUAGGUGUAUGGGUAUUGUCACCCUUCAGUGGACGAAAUUAAAUUUUAUAAGCAAUUUAGUCACGAGUACGCUCUUUUUUAUAAGAACGCCAGGGGAUGUGAGGCUGAAAUUUCAGUAGUAAAAGAACUUAUUUGUUUUCUCCACUUGUUUUGUUACAAGCUUUUAGUACGUGUCUAAAUAAUAUUUCAUUAAUUGGUCUGGAUAAAUUCAAGCUCGAAAUGACUUUGACGUACGUUUCCCGGUUACGUUCACGGUUCAGGUUGAUUUGCUGAAAGACUGAAAUCGGUGUAACCAUGCAGGUAAAACGUACAAGAACCUUUUUGUUUCAUGGGCCCAACAACAUUCUGUUCCAGCUGAUCUUCAGCUCAAAAACUAAAUGUUCACUCUGAAAGAUAGUGGUAGUAUAUAAUAUAUAUCAACAGAAACUACACGUACGCUUAUCUAGUCUUUACGCGUGAGGGUUGGUAGGAGGCCAGGUUUUUUAGUCUGGUUUCGCAAGCCCACGGACAAGGUCAUCUGUCACGCAGUUGAGAUCAGUCCACAUCCAGAGGUCCACAUCCUUGGAGGGGGGAGGCAAGGGACCCUAUGGUGUUGAAAUGUCCUGCCUAAGUACGAUCCGGCCAACACAGGCUCUUCUAGAAUUUAGCCUGCGUCUCAGACAGAGUAAACCGCCGGGCUAUAUUGCGGAUUUUGCGACACGUCCAGCUGUAACGCAGUAUACUAGAGCGAAAUUCCCGUACCGUCUCAUCUACGUCACAAGCUGCGUCACACACAGUCUAAACCGCCGAACUAUAUCGCGGAUUUUGUGACCAUCCGGUUCUACUAUAAAUUGGCAAAUUAUUUCCUCUCAAAUGUCAGUUAAGUUCGAAACUCCCGUCACAUCUACGUCACAAGCUCAUACGGUUUGGUUUCCUCUAUAGUUUGUGCGUCAUUCAUACCAGACCACAUGCAACCUGGAGAGGAGGUCUUCUUGCCAUCACACCCUAAACUGAUCCACAAGAAAUAACGGGCCUCUUUCUCACCAUGUUAUAUUGUUCGUUUGAAUAAGUUUCUCCACCCCAGGAUGGUCGGCUCCACCUUUUGUACCCUCAUAACGACAGGAUGUGCUUAACUUGUAGUUUCUGAGGCGUUGUAGUUUUAAAUUUUCAGUGGAACAUGAUGGUCUCUCAACCCUUUGAAAAUUCCUUACCCAUCAUUUCUAAUUCUAAUUCUAACCCUAACCCUCAAUGAAGAAGUCGAAGGGGUCUAAAUGAACCGGCCCCUCUUCUCAAAUGAGGUUAGCACUGCCACCAUUUGAGGGUCAGUCAUCGCCCAGAAUGCCACGACAUAGGAGUAAUCAGACUUGUACAUGUAAUCUCUGCUUGCUCAGCCUUACAAAAUAGUUUUUCUCCAGCCAAGCUCCAGGCAAUAACCACUUUGCUUUUGAAAGUGAAUGCCAUUGUUCUCAUUCUCUAUUCUUGAGUUACACCAUGUGUUCCAGAAGGCGACAACGUGCCGAAAGAAAGGGCCUUGUGAGCAUGCUCUGUCUGUCAACCCCUGCACAAAAACCCAUUCUUCUGUCGUUUCUUUCUACUCAGCUGUUGCACAAAGCAGGUACUUGCUUUGCGCACUACACCGCUGCUAAAAAGCUUUUCAUUUACUGGACAGUAUUUCUUCGCGUCAUGUUCGCGUCGCACAGACCUCGAGUUUUUCGCUCGCGUCUGGGCUGUUGCAUUUGUGGCGCGAAGUCUUCGAGUUCACGAUUCACCUCCUCGUCUAAAUACGAGUUGCUGUUUAGCGGUUGUUUUCAAUUGAAUGAAAAGAGGCAAGGAGAGAUCUGCAAUGCUUGUGUACUUCUCGUUAAAAGAUGGAAGAAACUACCGCCUGGCAGCUCGAAAAACUGGAAGCAUGUUGUAGACAGUAAAGCAACUGUGAAAAGAACUACCAAGCCAAGAAGAAGUUCUAGAACUUUGAACGUUGAAAACGAAAAUGAACUGACUUCUAAGCUGAACGGAAGAGCAACAAGUGGUCGCAACGGCAGUUGCGGCGAACAAGAAACUCGAGAUGAUGAUGAGAUUGAAACUGAUAGUGGUGACUUGUCGCCAACCUUGAUGUGUGGCUCACCAAGUCCAAGCCCUAGUGAUGUAUCUGAUGAGUUCUCAUCAAGUUCAUUAAUGGCAUGUACACAGCCUGUUCAUCGUGUCUCUACAGCUUCACAGACUUCCUUCCUAUUUCCAUCCCUCACUUCCUCUACAAAUAAUAAGCUUCCAUUUAUUGACCUGUCUAUGUGGCGGCGUGAAGAAAUAUGCUGUGGCACCAUAUUCAGGGGACCUCAUGGAGAGGUCCUUGUGGACCCCAAGCUUCUGAACCCUAUGUGUACAUGCUCUUGUAGUGCGAGGCCCCCUGUAAAUAUUGGUGAGGCAAAGAGUGUUCAGUAGUAGUAGGCAGAUCCUGUCCAUUACAAAGUGCAUUUUGUAUACAUUCACUCAUAAAUUAGCUAAUGUAAGCUAUGUACGUGAUUGACCAUAUGUCCCUCAUCCAGCAUUGUCUUGAAUUACCAUUUCAUGUUCACCUGCAAUACCCUGAUUGUACCCAAACAGUUCAAAUUAAUGAUUUCAGUUACAGCUGAUCACCACCAUAAGAGUUAGACACCAUAAGAGCUAGACAAAAUUCAGCAUUCUUGAAUGACCAAUUUUUUAAAUACAUAGUACAUACAUGUAGAACAUACAGGAUUGACACGUCAAAAGACAUUGAUGACGCAUUAUUGUCAGAGAAACAAUACUUUGAGUUUACUCUGCCAGUUUGUCAAUAACAGUGGUCACAUUUCAUUACACAUGGAUUUAAUGUAUUGUAAGGUGACACAAUGACAUCACCAACUGGCUUUCUGUUUUAUGUAGUGUAACAGCCUCUGCAACUGUAACACUUAACAGUGAUGGCCCUCUUGGGUGCCUCAGGUUAUUGGUUCAACUGAUAGUAUUGUUCCGUCACCUCACAUUCAUGUCUGUAGAGAAUGACAGCGAAGGGUAUCACCCAUGAGAAUGGGAAUCUAUAGCUAGUUUAGCUCAAAACAUGAAUUGUCCUUAUUGAUUAUGGUUAGUUUUAUUGGAAGGUAAACGUACUUCAUAUUGUAAGGAGAAAUUGAGUGAUGGUUACUGUUGGGAAAUCAGAGGGUGGAGGCUUUAUAAGCUGCCAAUAUUAUGAGUGUUUGAUACUUCAAAUGACUCUUUUUAGAGUGUACAUGAAACUUGGUAAACUAAGGUACCAAGACCUUUAUACUGAUUAGAAGGUAAACAGUAUUACAAACAAAGUUUGGAUCUUGAAACUUGGCUCUUUACAUUCCAAGAUUUCAUGUAAAAUAUGUCAAAAUGAACAGGUGCAAACUGUUCUAAGUACCGCUAUCCACUAUUGUUUAUUUUUAUUGUCCAACCUUUACAUUAUAGAUAGUGUCGGCAAUUAGCUUUGCCGCACCAAUGACAGCUUUCCUUGUUAAUUUUUCAGAAUGUUCUGUUUAUUCCCUUUUUGUGUUUACAGGUAUAUCCUUUUUUAAGAAAAAUGUACAUUUGGUUUUUCAGUUACAUUUUUAUGAGAAUCAAAAAUAGAUUUCAUUCCUUUUUUUUGGAAUAACGAGAAGAAUAAGAUGAAGACAUCACGUCUUCUAUUCACAUUCUUCAUCUUAUUCUUCUUGUUAUUCUAACACAUUCCCAGCCUCGUUGAGUCAAAUUUCCCAUUUCUUGGAAAUAAGAACAGAAAAGCUUUGCUUUUUUCCCUGGCAAAACAGUUUCUGAGAGUUCUUAUUGAGAGAAACAAACAAUACUUUAAAGGCAUCGUUAGGGUUAUUAUUGAAUUGAUUUCCCACAUUUAGCCAAGCACAUAUACCCAAUGUGGUUACCACUGAAGCUGCAUGUGCUAUACUUUAUUGAUAUCCCUGACAAUAUGCAGUAACACUGACAUGGUUAGUCUUGUAGCCUUGUAACUGUGUUUGAUACUAGACAUGACAACUCAUGCCCUGGGACUGCAUUUAAUACUGUGUGUUAAUUUCUUGUUGUUGUAAUGUGAUACGGUGAUACUCAGUGUAGUGUGAUAAUUAGCUGUACUUACUCAGACAUUUGGAAUUGGGAUAGUGACUACAAUGUAUGAUUAUUAUAGGUGUGUUAUUGUAACAUGAGAUUAUUAUUACAUUUUCAACCUCAGAUAAUGCACUUUGUAGCUUAAACUUCUUGAAGUAUCAGCAAUCACAUGCACAUACUUAUUUGAAAUGGAUCUCCAACAUGUUAGUUGUCACAUACAAUAUAGUGUCUUAACAUGCAUAGUUACAGACCACACAGCAAUACAAACAUUACAACAUAGCGUUCAAUAACAAAUCCCUGUGAUAAACACGCACUUUCUUAAUUUACUUUACUGUACAAAAUACUUGAAAAACCCUUGUAUAAAUAAUUUAAUUAUGUUCAAUUGCUGUUCACAGUUUGUCUUUAUAAAUUUUUAUUCCUUUUUUAACUCCGUGAACACACUAACAAUCUUACAUGCAUUGUAAAUAGUUUGUCAGUCACGCAUGACAAGUAGUGUACACACUUUCAUAAUAUAGAUACAUGUUCAUAAACAUCUCUGUUAUGUUGUUAUGGAGUGAGUUUCUAGCAGAGUUUGAAAGUAAUAUGGCUUGCACUGAAAUUUUGUAGCAAUAAGUAAUAGUUUAGUCCAAGUGUGUAUAGGGUUUGGGGGGGGGGGGGUACUCCCUCAUAUGGGCUAUACAGGUAUGUGCGGCCCCAAAGGGUAUGGUUUUUCAGCCAUUUUGGUCAUAAAUAGGGUAUCAAUUUCAGCCAUUUUGGUCCUAAAUACAGUGCUUUCAGUAAGACCUGGCCCCCGCCGGAGCUCCAGCAGGUACUCUCUUGUGAAUCGCCAGCUGUAUUCAUGCAUUAAUGUGCUCUUAGAAAACAGCCCUAAGAAAAUACGUGCGCUGAUUGGUUAAAAAUGGUGUUUUUGUAACUUGAUGGAAACAAAGA